CCUGCUUUCCUUCCUCCUCAACCAACACUACUCCUCGACUACUCCAACCUCCCUUCGCAAUCAUGGUCCUCCUAGCGGCCUCCAUCACCACUCGCGGUGGGAAACCCGUAAUCUCGCGUCAAUUCCGCGAGAUGUCCCGCUCUCGAGUCGAAGGCCUCCUCUCGUCUUUUCCCAAGCUCCUCUCCUCCGGCUCGCAGCACACGACCAUCGAGACUGAACAUGUCCGAUACGUCUACCAGCCGCUUGAGGAUCUCUACAUGAUCUUGAUUACCAACAAGAACUCGAACAUCCUACAAGAUAUCGACACGCUCCACCUCUUCGCUCGUGUAGUCUCAGACCUCUGCAGGGGACUCGACGAACGAGACGUCCUCCGUAACAGCUUCGAGCUCCUAGGCGCAUUCGAUGAGAUUGCCUCCUUGGGGUACAGGGAGAAUGUUAAUCUCGCCCAGGUACGCACAAUCCUGGAGAUGGAUUCGCACGAGGAGAAGAUCCAGGAGAUCAUUGAGCGCAACAAGGAAUUGGAGGCAAAGGAGGAGCUCAAGCGACGUGCAAAGCAUUUGGAGAUGCAGAGGCGCGAAGCUGCGAGGAGGGGUGGAGUUGCAGGAGGAGGAGGAGGAUUUGGAGCUUCUUCUGGUGGCAUGGGUGGAUAUGGUGGCAGCUCUGGAAGGAGUGGGUAUGACUCGCCUACAGGACAAGCGCCCGUCGUUAGAGAUACUGGGGCAGACGCCGCACCCGUACAACGCCCACUCAAGGGCAAAGGCAUGCAGCUGGGCAAGAAGUCACGCGGGGCCGAUCUCCUCGGCGCGAUGGGCGCAGAGCCAACUCCGGCGGCAGCAGUAGCAGCAGCAGCUGCCAUGCCAGCAGCCGCAGCGGCGUCUACAUCCAGUCCAUCCACAGUAGCAGCAGCUCGCCCUCGCUCCUCCGCGGCACCCGUUGCAUCUUCCUCCUCGGCUGCCUCCCUCCUCGACCUACUGCCACCCGUUUCGCAACAGGCAGUCCACGCCCUCGUCAAGGAGCGCGUCUCUCUCCAAUCAACGCGCGAUGGCUCUCUCCAAUCACUCGAGAUCAAGGGAGACCUCGAGGUACGCAUCUCAGACCCCACUCACGCCAAAGUCAAGCUUCAGCUCGCCCCCGAAGACCCUGCUUCCCCACUUGCUCAAGCAGGCCUGGGAGGAGAAGUGCAGUACAAGACUCAUCCUCACGUCGACAAAGCUCUGUGGACCUCAGCAAGGGGAAUCGCGCUCAAAGACCCGGCAAGGCCCUUCCCUCUCAACCAGAAUUUGGGCGUGCUGCGUUGGAGGCUAGCGAGCAAGGACGAAAGCCUCGUCCCCAUCUCUAUCACCACUUGGCCUUCCGCCGCAGAAGAUGGGAGCGGGGAAUGCAACGUUGCCUACGAGCUCGAGGCUCAGGGGAUCAGGAUGGAGAGAUUGAUGUUGCGCAUCCCACUGCCAGAGACCGUACAGGACGAAUCAGAGGUGACCAUCUCCGAGCCCGAUGUGGGGGAGUGUUCCUUCACUCUCGGUGAGGAUGGAAUGCCUUGCCUACUCUGGACAAUCGACUCGGUCGAUUCUUCGAGCAACACCUCUGGCUCGCUCGACUUUUCCGUCACGCAAGGGGUGGAAGGGACAGAUGACUUCUUCCCCGUACAGGCAGACUUUAUCGUCGUUGCGGGUACGAUGUCUGGGACGAGGGUGGAGAGUGUGAAGGAGGUCGAGGGAGGAGGGGAGGCACCAUGGAGUACACAAGCUUAUCUCCUCUCUGACGCGUAUCAGGUUGUGUAAGAGGGAGGGUCAUGGAAAUGCGAUGCUCUUUUUCUGUCGAAGCUACCGAUUGAGGAGGAGGGCGAGGAUGACAUUCAUGCUAGAGAACGCAGAACUGUGGUAUAUCAUUCCAUGUUUAGGCAAGAUUACGAGCAAAAAAGAAGAAGUAGCCAGUCAGACGCAGUGAGAGUGCCGGAACUGGAAGAGGUGAAAGAGAAGGAGUCGCUUUUGUCCGUCGAUGAGGACCGAUUGAGAUCUCAAGGUUGACGAUACGUCGGCUGAUGCUGUCCAUAGCUUCCAUUGGCCCCAGGCAAGGGCGGCUGACCCUGCCCCGAUAUCCUCCUCGGCAUACCUCCCCCAC